GGAUCCAGUCCUGUUUGCUCUACCCCUCGAUAUGGUUCACCUGGAUUUCGGUCUUAGCGGCUUUGCUGAUCCGCGUUCCUCAUAUCUUGUGUCGCAGAACAAUUGACUGCUCCGGUCAGAUAUUAGAGCGCUUGGUCGUCAAAAAUGCCCAUGAAAACACCCCAACACUUUCAUUAAUUCUUUUCUUUCCUCCGACCCUGGCAGAUUUGGUCCGCAUAUACUCACAAAAUCCCUCUCACUUUAUCCAAUAUGAGCAUCUCAACGCGUGCAUAGAUCGAAUUUCUGCCUAUCGGCACUCUUCACCAUCUUCCUCUCGUCCAGCCACCGUGAAUCCAACCAUCCUGUGGCUUGUAUCUCUCUGCUUCUCCAAAUGGAUUCAUAAAGCCGAAGCUCUUCUAGCUCAACUCUGCAUCUCUUCGUCUUCCCCUCUUCUGCACGGCGAUGCCUUCCAUGCAAUACACUACCUCACUUGGGUCUAUCAUCCCUUCGAUCAACGAGAACGCUCUAGCAUUGCCGUCGAAUUCACUUCUAUGCUUCAAACUGUCUCCGAACUUCUAAUGUUCGCGACCAAUCCCGCCACCCAUCCGAAGAUCAAACCCCUCACCACUCAACUUCUUUCACGCGGGCGUAUUUAUCAAAGACUCCUCCUUGCCUGUCUCCACGUCCGAUUUCACUGGGACAUUUUGUUCUCUAUUUUGGACUUUCUGGAAAACCCUCUCAACCUCUCCUCAAAUCGCGUCGCGUCUCCAAUGCCAUCUAACUGUACCGAACCGACUCCUUUUCUCCAAAUGGAACUCCUCAUCGAUACUCUAUCCGUCGUCGAGCUUGCCUGCCUUCAUCCGUCCCCUAUGGAUCCUAUGUCUCUCGCCAAUGCCAUUGAUAGACUCUCUCGCAUCUCUCUAUACAUCCCCUCUCCUGCCAACAAGGACCUUCUCCAGCGAUUGCAACUUCUGUCACAACCUCUCAAAUAUAACGUUCACGCCUGGCAGCGUCUCGAAUCCAGUCUUCAACGUCUAGAAACAAAUUCAAAAACUUGAGAAAAUAUAAUAUCUCUUUUUGAAAUCUGCAAAAAAAAGCUCCUCUCUCUUCCUCUUCGAUACUUCCCUCAGUCUUCUUCAAAAUACCCUUCUUGGGAAACCAAACGCUCUUUCCCCCCUUUCGGCCCUUGUCGCACUCUCUCACGCCUCAUCUGGCGCUCAGUAUAUCGUGCGCCUCUCUAUCUACACCAUUGCCCUCCCUUCUUCUGUCUCGAGCACUCGUCCCUCCUCCCCCUCCCCAAAGCCCAGAGCGCCUGCUACGAUCCCCCUUCCCAGUUACAACUUCAUCCAACUUUGGCUCUUGCAAAAUAUCGAACACUUUUUGCGAAAUAAUUUCAGUAUCCCUAAACUCUUCGCGAGUCUAUUACGUUCGCAGAAAUGACCGAGCCCGGCGAAGAGUUCACUUCCGCCACGACGAAAGACAACGGUAAAAAAAACAGCAUCAUCGUCAAAAUAGCUCUCAUAGGUGACUCAGCCAUCGGCAAGACCUCGCUGAUGGUAAAGUACGUGGAAAACAAAUUCGAUGAAGAUUACAUCCAAACUCUAGGUAUCAACUUCAUGGAAAAAAGCGUUCGAGUCAGAAACGCCUCGAUCACCUUCAGCGUGUGGGAUUUGGGAGGCCAACGAGAGUUCGUGAACAUGCUCCCGCUAGUCUGCAAUGAGGCGGCUGCCAUACUAUUCAUGUUCGAUCUCACCAGAAAGGUGACCCUAAAUUCGAUCAAAGAAUGGUACAGACAAGCUAGAGGAUUCAAUAAGUUUGCGAUCCCAUUCUUGGUGGGAACUAAGUUCGAUGCGUUCAAAGAACUUUCCAUAAAAGAACAAGAGGAGAUUACCAUUCAGGCGCGCAGAUACGCCAAGCUCAUGCGAGGUCCGCUUUUGUACUGCUCGUCUAAGGAGAACAUCAAUAUUUCAAAGAUUUUCAAGGUCGUGCUAGCCAAGUGCUUUGACUUGAAUUGUAAUGUUCCACGAGUCAGUACAAUUGGGGAUGUCAUCUUCGAGUAUUGAGGUUACAUUUUCUUGGCGCUUCCAACAGAGUAAAGUUGGAGAGAUAGCUACACUCGCCUUACGAUACGGUACGAUAGCGUCGCGGGAAAGAUGCCAAAGAAAUAAAUGAGGGCAUUGCGUUGCGCGAGGCAGAAAAAGAUUAGACUUUUUUUUGUAUAGAGGAAGCUGCAACACAAAAGAAUAAAGCUAAUUAGAGCAUUGUUUCA